AUGCUCUGUGAUAUGUGUGUGCCCGCUGGCCAAAGGGGAUGUCGCAAGUCCCAACUUAGGCCCCUGGCCCUCGCCCCCGGUGGCCAGCUCAGCCAAACGACGAAAAACGACGACCAACGACCCGGCGGCGAGAUGGCCCUACUCAUGCCCACGACCACAACACUCCCCCAGGACUUGAGCAAGAACAUCAUCUCGACGAACAAGCUCCCCUCAAACAUCCCCAGCUCAAGCCAGGCAUCAUCCUCCACCAAUCCAGUCAACCCGAAAUCGAAAAAAAGGGCAAGCUUCAUCACCUUCAACCACGAUGACCCCCCUCUCAAGAAGAUCAGAACCCAGGAAGAGCCUCCUUCUUUCGAUCUCUUCGAUCUGUCUGCCAAUGAUACUCUAAGACAAGGAAUGUACUUGAAUUUUAUCAAUACUGCAUUCACCGAACGAGCAAACGGCAAGUUUGAGCGUUACGAUCAAUUACUUGGCCAAUUCGACCCGCUCAUCUCACCCCAAUCACCGCAGGACUCCAAUCCACCGAACGUCUCGAUGACGAGGGUCCAGGGCUGGCUGAGUGCCCUAACCUCCAUGGUAUCCCAGCUGGAUCGGAGCCACUCACACCUCGUCGAGAAGGUCCUUAGAUUACCCUGGACCGUCUUGGACGACCAGUUUGCCAACACCUUCUCGAGAUUCGCCAAUGGGCUCGUCACUGCCCGGUGUGAAUGGAUUCAAAUCACAUUAGAAAAUAUCGUCCAAGGAUUCCAUUACAACACGAUCCCUCUGGAACAUCGCUCGGCUCUCUUGCCUUCAUCAGUCAAUCGGAGGCUGAUUUAUCUCAGGCUCCACAGCCUACUUCGAUCCAUCCUACGAUUAAUCCCAACGCUACCCGCAACACUCUGGCCGAUACUCACCCUCUAUUUCCCCAAGAAACGCGACAACCUUGAUGAACAUGUCUGCUAUCUAUGCAACUUAUUGAAGGUUGCUAGUUAUUGCCCCGAUCUGAACGCCAAGAUCGUUAACUUUUGUCUCAAGAAGUGUCUGAAGAUUGAUAUUGAUAUCCAAGUGGAAGUGGAAGAGUGGGAAGAUGAAGAAGGGCGGUUAGAGGAAGAAAUCUUUGGGAAACCGAUCGAGGAUGCGUUUGAGAAAUCAUGGACAGAAGAUGAUGGUCAGGAAUCUGACGCCGAUGAGGAGGACGUGGACGAUGAGGAGGUAGACUUCGAUGAUCUGUCUUCCGAUGAAGGGUGUCCAUCAGACGAAGAAAACGAGAAGAACUUGAAAGCCCCUUCGCCCAACUCGGUGAGAAAGGUCAAGAAAUUAGCGGCGAAACUGGAUGGGAUGUUGCGAUGCAUCUUUGACCAUCUACAACAGAUAAGCGUGGGUGUUGCACUCAAGCCAACCACUGCAACAACAACAACCCCAGCCGAGACGGAUGAGCACUCAGGGCAGUCAAAGGAUCAGACAUUGGUAGCGGUCGAGGAUCCCCAGCGGCGGGAGGAGCGAGAAGGGCUGUUUGAUGUUAUUCUAUCGAACUUCGAAUCGUCCAUCCUACGUACCCGUCGAACUCGCCAUGUCCAGUUUAUCCUGUUCUGGUAUGCAUCCCUGGAUUCGACGUUUGCGGAUUCGUUACUUGCGACUCUAGUCGAAACGGGACUGUAUGAGACCGACAAGAACUCGACCACGGUAUCUACGAGAGUGGCGGCGGUGAGCUAUAUAGCCAGUCUGAUCAGUCGGGCGAAAUAUAUCGACAAGCAUGUCACUCGCCACGUGGUCUCCUUACUCUGUGCCAGACUGGAAUUCGGCUUAGCUCAAGCUAAUAAGAUGAACGUCAGUGAACACGUGGUCUGGUAUGCGGUCGCCCAGGCGAUUUUCUAUAUCUUCUGCUUCAGAUGGAAAGAUCUCCUGGUCGAAGAUGAUGAUGAAGAGGAACAAGACGAGGCGAACGAACUUUCUAUCCAUUUCUCUCGUCCUAAGAAAUUCAACGACCGUUGGCUAAGUGGUCUGAAGAUCUUAGAACGAGCUAUCAUCUCGCCUUUAAAUCCCCUCAAAACUUGUGCAGAUACGGUUAAGAAACAACAAGAAUCCAGGGAAGGGCACGGACAAGAAAGCAUCGACGCAAUCAAAGAUCCUAAGCCUGCCAAGUUUGACGAUCUCGACCGGUUCGAUCUCGCCCUCGGAGUUGUCCUGCUCGCCGAGCUCGGUGAACACCAACCUGACCUCGCUCGCAGGGGUCGACGGAAGAAGCCAGCAGCCCCCUCGGCCGCCAGGCUCAUCGUCCUACGAACAGGUCGUCGAUAA